UAUUGCCGGUUGGUAUCGCAUCACUUCGUCACACUACCCACUGCGAUCACGGUGUUUCGGGCUGGACAAUCCGACGAUGUUUUUUUUUAUUAUUAUUAUUGUCACAGUCAAUCGACGAGACUCGACCCGAGACAGACGCGCCCGCGGACGUUUGUGCGCGUGCAUUUAAAAAAUAUCACCUACGCCAGAGAUACCGCAUUAAAUCAAAUUUUGAUACCAUGACCAGCGACCCCGGAGCACAGUCGUGCCGGCGAGUGGUAUUCGACCGGGUGCUGGGCAAAGGGACGUUCAGCACGGUGUACAGAGCGCUGGUAGAGCCGGACAACGAGCACAUAGCCCUGAAAAUCGUUCACCUGCGAAACAUUGUCAACGACCUAAAAACCGUACAGGACUGCGUAAACGAAAUCAGCAACCUGAAGAAACUGAACCAUUCAAAUAUCAUACGAUGUUUGUGGUGGGAUUUUUCGGAUUUUGAACUGAAAAUUGGGUUGGAACUGGCUACUGGYGGAGAUCUAAGACGGAUCAUCCAUGAACAUUAUGAUAAUUUUAAUCUAAUUAAAGAACCUACCAUUUGGUCCUGUGCCGUCCAAUUAUCCAGUGCACUUUAUCACAUGCACAAAUCAAGAAUCAUGCACCGAGACAUCAAACCGGCCAACAUUUUCGUAUACGGAUUGAAAGAAGACGAGCAAUCGCUGUACGAGCGGUGGGAAAAUGUGAAGAUCAAGCUCGGCGACUUUGGAUUUAGCAAAGACAUCGCGAACGGUUCGGACAUGACCUGUCGAUCGGUGUUGGGCUCUCCACUGUACAUGAGCCCCGAGAGGAUGUUACACCAAAAGUAUUACUUUGACAGCGACAUAUGGUCAAUGGCUUGUGUCAUAUACGAGUUGGUAGCACUUCAGGCUCCAUUUCAUUUGAAUACUUUAGAUAUGAACUUGAUGACCAAAAGAAUAAUAAAUGGAUUUUACCCACCCAUACCUUCAGACAUUUAUUCAAUAAAGAUAACAAAAUUCAUAGAUAGCUGCAUAAUAGUCAACCACAAGUUCAGGCCGAAUAUAUCACAGAUCCUGAGAGUAACACGGAGAGGAUUGGCCGAAUCUCGGAAUUCUGCACUUCCAUCGUAAUUUGAUGAUAGCUAUAUCAAAAACCAUUAUAGUUUCAUUACAGUCUAAAUUCUAGACUAUUAUAAUAUUUAAUUUUUUUUGGUGUCUUUUAGAUUCUAGAACACCAUUUAAAAUGGUUUGCCAGUAACAGCUACAGGUAUAACAUUUCAAAUUACCUAAUACUUCUGACAGAGUAAAUGCACCUACUAUAGAAUCUAGUAGAUAAUUUUGUACAACCAUCAAUCAAUUCAUUUUUAAUUAUAUUUUUAUUUAUUUUUUAUACAUCUUUAUUAGGGCUAAACAAUAAAUGUACAACAAUUGAU